CUCGUAAGAUUAAAACCAAUUCAUGCAAAUUUUAGAUAAAGCCGUGGCAGACAAUGAAUUAUUAUUAUUAUUAUUAUUAUUAUUCCGACUAUCUUCUCUUUUGUCGGUGUUUGAUGAUGACAGUGGUUGACGAACCAACUAAUCUUAACAAAUACCAGCAAUUACUUGGAGCGAUAACAACAUUUACAGGUGACGGUGUGACUACCAGCAGAAUAUUUGUGCUAGAAACAUUUUCAGGCCAACCCCGCAACACUGUCGAUACCAAUAACCAUCCAUCUUCAUCGCAAGUACCCCAAGAUAUAACUAACGAGGCUGGUAAGCUAGACAAAGAGUUAAUUUUUCUGUCUUCCUUUCAAGAUCAUUCAUUGCGUUUUUGGAUUGUAUCUGAAUGAUGACAGAGGCAAGUGGAACAGAGGAUGACGGCCUUUACUUGCCUGAACUGUACAAAGCAGUAGUCAAGGGUGAUUGGGAGAGUGCUACAACAUUCUUUCACUGUCAUUCUGCUGAUAUGGAUAAUCCUAGGAUCUCCAAACAGUUGAAAACGGCACUGCACUUGGCGGUUGGAACAGGGAGGUCGAAUCAUUUCGUUCAAAAGACACUGGACUGCAUGCAACCUUCCGAUCUUGCAUUGCAAGACGACAACGGAGAGACUGCCCUCACUAUCGCUGCAACAGUUGGGAACCUCGAAGCAGCGAAAUUGCUGGUGAACAAAAACCCAGAUUUGCCUAUACCAUCGCGGAGAAAGUGCACUGCCUCUGCACCGAGCAUCACGGCCGCAGAUGGCAUUCAGCCAAGUCCUUAUGAUGGUGAAUCUGGGGUCACAAUUCUAAUUCUCUUGGUCCUUGUUGGAUUCUACGAUGGGUGUCUAAUGAGAAAUUACUUGGCAGAUGUGGCUCUUGAUCUGCUUAAGAAAAACCCAGGAAUGGGAUCGCAGGUUUUUUGUAGGAGAAACUCCUCCGAGUAUUUUGGCUGUGUUCCCCCAAGGUUUGACAAGUUUACGGAAAACAGGAAUCGAGCAGACACUGAGAAUCCAGCUGAAAGCACAGAAGUGGAAGCGCAGACAUCCAGCUAUCUAAGAAAUUGCACUAGUUAUGUGUUUAAUCACCUUGGUGAUGAAUCCCAACUAUUCAUCCAAACCAAAUUUAUGCUUAAAUAUUUAAAAUUUGUGGUUAAACAUUACUCUGCUUUAGAACUUGAAAUUUUGGUCUAUAUGGCGGAAGCUCCUUGUGUCAUUUUGGGAAGAAGUAGAAAAAUUAGGAAUGGAACACCAAACUUGCCCGUCAAGAACAUCCGUGAGACGAAAGUAAUGCAUGAUCAAGUACUUGAAAUCGUUAGACUACUGUGCACCUAUGCUGCAGGCUUGGACGUCUCACAAGCAGCGGCAUUACUCAGAAAUCCACUCCUCCUUGCGGGAGAGUUUGGCAUUCCUAAGAUUAUUGAAGAAAUUGCUGAGCAAUUGCCUCAUAAGGUCAGGAAGUUUGACAGACAGGAGCAUGGUAUAUUCCAACGUGCAGUUAUAAGCAGUCGGCAUUUGGCACCUCCACAUCAACUCAAUCUGUUUUCUGGUGCUGCUUUGCAAAUGCAGCGAAAAUUACAGUGGUAUAAGUGUCAGAAUUACCAUUUUCAGGCAGUAGAAAAUUUUCUACCGCCAGCCUUUAGGGAGAUGAAAAAUCAUGAAGGAAAGAAACCUGCAGUGUUUACUGAGGCACACAAGGACCUUGUUAUAGAAGGAGAGAAAUGGAUGAAAGACACAGCCAACUCAUGCACGGUUGUUGUAGCACUUAUUGCAACAGUAGUCUUUGCUGCUGCGAUUACUGUGCCAGGCGGCAAUGCUGAUAGCGGCUACCGAAUCUUCUUCAGGGAAAAGGCCUUCAUUAUCUUCGCGGUUUCAGAUGCGCCGUCUCUAUUCUCAUCCACCGCUGCCAUUUUAAUGUUCUUGUCGAUCCUGACAGCACGACAUGCGGAGGAUGAUUUUCUCUACGCCUUGCCUGAGAGGCUAAUACUGGGUCUUCUCACUCUUUUUAUCUCCAUAACAUCCAUGAUGAUAGCGUUCAGCUCGACAUUAUAUCUAGUUUUUGGUCAGGUCAAGACGUGGAUUCUGACUUCAGUGGCGGGAUCAACCUGUUUACUUGUAGUUUUGUUUGUGUACCUGCAAUUCCCACUUCUUUUGGUUAUGAUCAAUUCCACGUACGGAGCAGGCAUUUUUGCUAAGCAAAGUAAGCGUCCGCUGUGCUAGAUUCGCAUCCGAUGGGGAAUUUUGGUUUGCAUAUUAUCGGGCCGUUCUUGUGUUUUAUCCAGGAGAGUCGAUGCCUUCCAUUUUCUAUUACGGAUUUUUCUUGUAAUUUCUAUUGCUAUCCAAGAAAAUUAGUGGAAACUUUGACGUGUAAUUCUAACAUGAUAUCACACGAUUGACGAUGAUGAUGACGAUUAUGAUGACGAUGAUGCUAAUCCAUU